GAGCUGCCUGCACAGGUGAUGGGAUGGUGAGUGAGAAUGAGGAGGAGAAACCCCAGCAGGAAGAUGCUGAGGAAGUAGAACCACAUGGAACGUUACCAGGAAGAUCCAAAGGGAAUGUUUCCGGGAGUUGUGCACUCCCAGAAAAAGAAAAAGCAUGUGAGACUCAGCAGAGGCCAGAGGAAAACUUCAGUAGCCACUUAGACCUUAUUACACACGACAGAAUCAACUUGGAAGAGACACGCUAUACAUGCCAUGAGUGCAGGAAAAGUUUCAAUCGGAGCUCAGACCUUCUCAUACAUCGGAGAACCCACACUGGAGAGAAACCUUACAUGUGCUCUGAGUGCGGGAAAAGCUUCAAUCGGAGCUCUGCCCUUAUCACACAUCGGAGAAUCCAUACAGGUGAGAAACCUUAUGAAUGCUCUGAGUGUGGGAAAUGCUUCAAUCAGCGCUCAAACCUUACUGUACAUCAGACAGUCCAUAUAGGUGAGAAACCUUAUGAAUGCUGUGAGUGUGGGAAAAGCUUCACUGAUAGUUCAACCCUCAUCUCACAUCAGCGAAUCCACUCAGGAGAGAUGCCCCACACAUGCUCGGAGUGUGGGAAAAGCUUUAAUCGGCGCUCAAACCUUAUCACACAUCGUAGAAUCCACACAGGAGAGAUGCCUUACACGUGUUCUGAGUGUGGGAAAAGCUUCAAUCAGAGCUCUACUCUGAGCACACAUAGGAGAAUCCACACAGGUGAGAAACCAUAUGGAUGCUCUGAGUGUGAGAAAAGCUUCAGGCAUAGCUCAGCUCUCAUCUCACAUCAGAGAAUCCACAGAGGAGAGACUCCCUACAUAUGUUCUGAGUGCGGGAAGAGCUUCAGUCACAGCUCUGCCCUGAUCACACAUCAGAGGAUCCACACAGGAGAGACGCCGUACACAUGCUCUGAAUGUGGGAAAAGCUUCAAUCAGAGGUCUGCCCUGAUCACACAUCAGAGGAUCCACACAGGAGAGACACCCUACACGUGCUCUGAAUGUGGGAAAAGGUUCAAUCGGAGCUCUGCCCUUACCACACAUCAGAGAAUCCACACGGGUGAGAAACCUUAUGGAUGCUCUGAGUGUGGGAAAUGCUUUAGGCAUAGCUCAGCCCUCAUCUCACAUCAGCGGAUCCACAGAGGAGAGACACCCUACACAUGCUCUGAGUGCGGAAAGAACUUCAAUCAGCGUUCAAACUUUAUCACACAUCGGAGAAUCCACACAGGUGAGAAACCUUAUGGAUGCUCUGAGUGUGGGGAACGCUUCAUUCGUCGUUCAGUCCUCAUCUUACAUCAGCGAAUCCACACAGGAGAGACGCCCUACACAUGCUCU